CACCAGUUUUCCAGAGCGACCUCAAAGAUGAAGUGCAGCAGCUUUAAUGAUACCUACUCAGAGUGCAGCAUAAACGAACAAGCGACGUGCUCAAGUGACGAGACCGCUGACACGACUUUGGCGAAAAGGAGGCACAAGGCCGUGCCAACUAAAUUGGAAAGCGAAGACUUCUGUGCAAUCCAUAAAGAUAUACAUGUGAAGCACAACAGAGAGAGGAUCCACGAGGGAUUAUCCGUCCUAGAUGACUUCAAAAUCAUAAUUUUUGGGUGUAUGGGCAUGAGAACGUACAAAAUGUUUUGCUACGCGUGA